UCAACCAUUUCUAUCUCCUUCAGCGAACACUUUAUCUCCGAGCAUACAGUGAUGGCUGUGUUCACCUCGCAGGGUCAAGUGGGAGGACCUUGCCGAUACAUGCCUGCCACGCGGCGGCAGAACCACCAAUGCCGCAAGGAGACUGGCCUCCCGGGAACACUCAGCGAAGCCCGUCGUCUGGCCACCACCCACUGCGAGGAGCAGUUCCGCUACGACCGCUGGAACUGCUCGAUCGAGACGCGUGGCAAGCGGAACAUCUUCAAGAAACUCUACAAGGAGACGGCCUUCGUCCACGCCCUCACAGCUGCCGCCAUGACCCACUCCAUAGCCAGGGCCUGUGCCGAGGGACGGAUGACCAAAUGCAGCUGCGGCCCCAAGAAGCACAAUCGGGAGGCGCAGGACUUUCAGUGGGGCGGCUGCAACGACAACCUGAAGCACGGCAAGCGGGUGACCCGCAGCUUCCUGGACUUGCGUGGCGGCGAGGGAGACGAGGUCAGCGAGAUAUUGCGACAUGACUCAGAGGUCGGCAUAGAGGCUGUCUCCUCGCAGAUGAUGGACAAGUGCAAGUGCCACGGCGUCUCCGGCUCCUGUUCGAUGAAGACCUGCUGGAAGAAGAUGGCCGACUUCAAUGCCACGGCCACGCUGUUGAGGCAGAAGUACAACGAGGCCAUUAGAAAGGCGCCCAACCAGCGAUCUAUGCGCCAGGUCUCCUCGAGUCGCAUGAAAAAGCCAAAACAGCGACGCAAGAAACCCCAACAAUCGCAAUACACGACGCUGUACUAUCUGGAGACCUCGCCCUCCUACUGCGCGGUCACCAAGGACCGCCAGUGCCUGCACCCGGACAACUGUGGCACCCUGUGCUGUGGGCGUGGCUACACCACGCAGGUGGUGAAGCAGGUCGAGAAGUGCCGGUGUCGGUUCAACAACGGGCGAUGCUGCCAGCUGAUCUGCGACUACUGCCAGCGUUUCGAGGAUAAAUACUUUUGUAAAUAGACGGGAUUGCCGCCCGUCUUUCCCCUUAACUUUCUUUCACUCUCCCACCUCCCCCUACCUCUAUCCACCCUUGCGCUCUUUGAAAAUGUAAUUUGUAAAGUUUUUUUCUA